CUAUUUGCACCAUUUGUACUUUGUGUCAUCAAUCCUUUAUGGCAAAUCCCGAAAAUAUAACACUUCUCUUGCUUAUUAUAUACCUUUUUGCCUUUCAUCCAAUUUCAGCUUCCCAUUUCAACACUACAAACACCCAUUCAUUAUUGCUUCCAAAGAAUUUGCGAGAAGCAAAUGAAUUGGAAGUGGCUUCUUUGUUGACAUGGAAGUCCAGCCUUGACCUCACAAGUCAAAAACUAUUGUCAUCAUGGGUUGUUGGUGGCAGCCACUGCAAUUGGACUGGAAUUAACUGCAACGUUGAUGGAAGCAUUACAUCCUUGAACCUUACUGGCUAUGGUUUACGAGGUACGCUCAGGGGCCUAAACUUUUCAUCCAUGUCCUCUUUAGAAAUUAUUGAUUUGUCUGUCAACGCUUUCCAUGGUAACAUUUCUUUUAUUGAAGAAAUGUCCAAUUUGCAAAAUUUAACGACCUUGGAUCUCGGCAGUAAUCAAUUAUUCGGUCAUAUCCCUCAAGAAAUUGGAUUGUUAGUAUCAAUUGUGGAGUUGGGAUUGUAUGAUAACUCUCUUAUUGGUCCAAUUCCUACUUCAAUUGGGAACUUGAAAAACUUAAAAUGGUUGUAUCUUGGCGUCAACAAUCUUUCAAGUAAGAUCCCUCCAGAAAUAGGGACCUUGUCAAUGUUGGUACAUUUAUCUCUAGCUGAAAAUCGACUCUAUGGGUCCAUUCCUAGGGAGUUAGGAAAAUUGACAUCUCUUCAAAGGUUAUGGUUGUAUUCAAAUAAUCUUAAUGGCCAAAUUCCUAUCUCACUUGGGAACUUGCAAAAUUUAAAAAUCUUGUCCCUUUACACCAACAAUCUAUCAGGUCAUAUCCCUCAAGAACUUGGAUUGUUAAAAUCUCUUGUAGUGUGUUCUCUUUCAUCAAACACUCUCACGGGCCAAAUUCCUCCGGAAAUAGGGAACUUGUCAAUGUUGGUAAAUUUAUCUCUAUGGGGAAAUCAACUCUAUGGAUCCAUUCCUAAGGAGUUAGGAAAAUUGGCAUCUCUUCAAGGGUUAUUUUUGUAUUCAAAUAACCUUAAUGGUCAAAUUCCUAUCUCACUUGGGAACUUGCAAAAUUUAAAAUUCUUGUCUCUUUACACCAACAAUCUAUCGGGCCAUAUCCCUCAAGAACUUGGAUUGUUAAAAUCUCUUGUAGUGUGUUCUCUUUCAUCAAAUGCUCUCAUGGGCCACAUCCCUCCAGAAAUAGGGAACUUGUCAAUGUUGGUAAAUUUAUCAUUAUGGGGAAAUCAACUAUAUGGAUCCAUUCCUAAGGAGUUAGGAAAAUUGACAUCUCUUCAAGGGUUAUUUUUGAGUUCAAAUAGCCUUAAUGGUCAAAUUCCUAUCUCACUUGGGAACUUGCAAAAUUUAAAAUUCUUGUUUCUCUACACCAACAAUCUAUCAGGCCAUAUCUCAGGCCAUAUCUCACAAGAACUUGGAUUGUUAAAAUCUCUUGUUGUGUGUGAUCUAUCAUCAAAUGCUCUCAUGGGUCAAAUUCCACUGGAAAUUGGGUCAUUAAUUUCACUUACCGAGAUAAAUUUCCGGUCAGACAAACUCAUUGGUCAAAUUCCGACCUCAAUUGGAAACUUGAGGAAUUUGACAAUCAUUUAUCUUGACCAAAAUCAAAUUUUUGGCAAUAUCCCUUUAGAAAUGGGAAACUUGUCAAAGUUGACAAACUUAGGUUUAUCUGAAAAUAAACUCUAUGGAUCCAUCCCUGAGGAGUUUGGAAAAUUGAAAUCUCUUCAAAAAUUAUGGUUGUAUUCAAAUAAUCUCAAUGGCCAAAUUCCACGCAGUUUUGAUAAUUUCACUCAUUUAAUCACAUUUCAAGUUUUCGAUAAUCAUCUCACUGGUUCUUUGCCAGAGAAUUUGUGUCUUGGCCAGUCACUUGAAAAUGUAUCUGUUGCAUACAACGAAUUUAGUGGAAAGAUUCCUAAAAGCCUGAAGUAUUGUACAACCCUUUACAGGCUCAGGCUAGAAAGUAAUGAGCUUUACGGAGACAUAUCAAAAGAUUUUGGGAUAUAUCCGAACCUAGAUUAUAUAGAUUUGAGUUACAAUAACUUUUACGGUCGAUUGUCAUCAAAAUGGGCUCUUUGUCCAAAUCUUACUGCAUUGAAGAUAGCUGGCAAUAAAAUUCUUGGAAAUAUCCCACUUGAUCUCGGCAAUGCACCUCUACUGCAGUAUCUUGAUCUCUCGUCAAAUCAAUUGGUUGGAAAGAUUCCCACAAGUUUGGGAAAGUUGAGCAAGUUAUAUGUGCUGAAGUUAGAUAAUAACAAACUUACUGGCAACAUACCACUAGAACUUGGACAACUAUCUUUGCUUUCAGAGCUAAACUUAGCUUCUAAUAAGUUUGUUGACUCAAUUCCCCCACAAAUUGGAAGAUGUCAACGCCUAAUUACACUGAAUUUGAGCAUAAAUAUGCUUGUGGGCAAGAUUCCUCUUGAUAUACUAAGCUUGAAAUCCCUUGAAAAUCUUGAUCUCAAUCACAACAUGCUCUCUACUCAGAUACCACCACAAGUUGGAGGAUUAACAAACUUACAGACAUUGGACUUAUCACACAAUAAUCUGUCAGGCUCCAUCCCAUCAAGCAUUGUUCAAUGUGUAGCUUUAGUUUCUGUUGAUAUAUCUUACAAUCGGUUGGAAGGUCCUAUUCCUAACACCAAAGCAUUUUUACAAGCUCCAUAUUCUGCCUUGAGUAAUAAUAUAGGUUUAUGUGGCAAUCAUUCUGGCUUAAUGCCUUGCUCCCUGCAAAGUCAAAGUGAUGAUGGCUUAAAUAUAAAUUUGGUGGUGAUCAUGUCAAUAGUCUUGGGAAGUCUGUUUCUAUUUACCAUGGUUAUUAUCAUUUUUGUUAUUUUUCAACGAAAGAUGAGAAAUACAAGGGAGGAGCAAAGAGAUUUUACUAAUAAAGAUUUGUUCACAAUAUGGAGCUUUGAUGGAAAGAUGACAUAUGAAAGCAUAAUUGAAGCAACAGGGAACUUCGACUCUAGUUAUUGCAUUGGUGUAGGAGGGCAUGGGAGUGUGUUUAGGGCUGAGCUUCCUUGUGGUCAGAUAGUUGCCGUGAAGAAGUUUCAUACAUUAGGCGUGCAAGAUGAUGAAAGCUGGCAUGAUCUCAGAAGUUUUUCAAAUGAGAUAAGCACAUUAACAAAUUUGAGGCAUCGAAAUAUUGUGAAGCUCUAUGGCUUUUGUGCUCACAAUAGACAUUCAUUCUUGAUUUAUGAGUAUUUACAAGGGGGGAGUCUAGCACAAAUUUUGAGUGAUGAUGAGAAAGCACUGCAGGUGGGAUGGUUGGAAAGGAUAAAUGUGGUCAAAGCUGUGGCUAAAGCUUUAUCGUACAUGCACCAUGAUUGUUUACCUCCUAUCAUUCAUCGGGACAUAUCAAGCAACAAUAUUCUGUUCGAUUCUGAGCAUGAAGCUCAUGUAUCCGAUUUCGGGGCAGCAAGAUUUUUGAGCUUUGAUUCAUCAAAUUGGACUUCAAUUGCUGGAACCAUGGGAUAUACAGCUCCAGAGUUUGCUUACACUGCAGAGGUAAACUGCAAAUGUGAUGUGUAUAGCUUUGGUGUGGUAACACUUGAAGUGAUUAUGGGGAAACAUCCUGGAGACCUCAUUACAUGCCUUUCUUCAUCCUCAUUUUCAGCAAUUGAUGGCAUGCUUUUUAAGGAUCUGUUAGAUCCUCGACUACCUACUCCAAAAAGAAAUGUCACACAACAACUCGUGUUGGUAGCAAAGAUAGCAGUAUCUUGUAUGAAUUCCAAUCCACAAUAUCGGCCAACUAUGCAACAAGUUUCUAUGUUGCUAUCCAAGGAAAGGGAUUUUCCCAAUUUCUCCCCUGAUAUCACCUUAAGCCAGUUGUUUGAUCUUGAAUUUCCAAAUCCAUAAUUUUUACACUAUUCAAGUUCGAAACAGUGUAUGUGGUUUUAACAUGAGGAUGCAUAAGGAAGUAGGAAAUCUUGGAACCAGUACGUAGAUCGAUCAGAAACAAAUGGUAGCAAAUCCAUAUAUGGAGGCUCAUGUUUCAACCUGAUGGAUUACCCACAUAGUUAUUGCAUUGGUGUAGGAGGGCAUGGAAGCGUGUUUAGGGCUUGAGUUACCUAGUGGUCAGAUUGUUGCCAUAAAGAAGUUUCAUAUGUAAGGCCUGGAAGAUGAUGAAAUUAGCUGGCAUGAUCUUAGAAGUUUUUCAAAUGAGAUAAGCACAUUAACAAAUUUGAGGCAUCGGAAUAUUGUGAAGUUCUACGGCUUUUGUGCACAUAAUAGACAUUCAUUCUUGAUUUAUGAGUAUUUACAAGGGGGGAGUCUAGCACAAAGUUUGAGUGAUGAUGAGAAAGCACUGGAGUUGGGAUGGUUGGAAAGGAUAAACGUUGUUAAAGCUGUGGCUAAAGCUUUAUCAUACAUGCACCAUGAUUGUUUACCUCCUAUUAUUCAUCGGACAUAUCAAGCAACAAUAUUUUGUUUGAUUCUGAGCAUGAAGCUCAUGUGUCUAAUUUCGGGACAGCGAGAUUUUUGAGUCCUGAUUCGUCAAAUUGGACUGCAUUUGCUGGAACAAUGGGAUACAUAGCUCCAGAGUUUGCUUACACUGCAGAGGUAAACUGCAAAUGUGAUGUGUAUAGCUUUGGUGUGGUAACACUAGAAGUGCUUAUGGGGAAACAUCCUGGUGACCUUGUUACAUACAUUUCUUCAUCCUCACUCUCAGCAACUGCUGGAAUGCUUCUGAUGGAUUUGUUGGACCCUCGACUCUCAACUCCAAAAAGACACGAUGCACAACAACUUGUGUUGCUUGCAAAGAUAGGAGUCUCUUGUAUGAAUUCCAAUCCUCAAUGUCGGCCAACUAUGCAACAAGUUUCUGUGAUGCUAUCCAAAGAAAGGGAUUUCCCUAAUUUUUCCCCUGAGAUCACUUUAUGCCAGUUGUUUGGUCUUGAAUUUCGGAAUCCAUAAAUUUUUACACUAUUCAAGGGUUGAGUGCUCAAACAUGGGCUGAUAUGGCACAAGAAAUCGUGAAAAUAUUCUUCUAUAUUGGGUUUAGGGUUGAGUGCUCAGAUGGUGAUGUUAACUAUAGUCCUUAUGGUAGUGGCAAGUGGUCAGUAAGUAUUCUUCUAAUGGAUUGUUAGUAGAACUGAUUAUUUCUAUUUGGUGGAAAGCAAAAACUACUAUGUUUGAGAUCAGGAUUUGGAUUGAAGUCUUCAUUUCUACUCUUCUUAAUUUACCUACACACACAUCCAUGCACAUGCAUUUAAAGAUUCCUGUCCUUCUAUCUUAACUUGUUAAUUGGCUUGUAUUGAAGUUAUAAGAUGGGUUUGUGUUCUUCCAGAUAAAGCUUUUCUUUACUUGACAGCGGUUCUGACUAAACGGAGGACAAGAAUGAAUGUUAGUUGGUGCACCACGAUAUGGCUUGAGCUUGAACAUUUUAUAUAUUUAGUAUUCGUGAUAAGCAUGGGGCACAAGUCCUUGACUAGCAUCUGUUUAAGUUAUAUAUGGGGCUUAAUUAAGUGCUUGACAAAAGUCUUGAAUACGUGUAUGCAUAUCACUGCUUCGUCUAUUAUGACAAAAGUCUUGAACACGUUUAUAUUUAUAGUGUCGAUGGACCCUAGCUAGUGGAAGUGAUGUGACCCAGCUUGCACUACAUACCCAGCUGAGUGGUGAGAAUGAUGUAGCUGGCUUUGAUGAUGGGGAUAAUGGCUCCAGGAAAAGAAGGUCUAGUUCAAAGAAGGCAAUUUUGGGCUAGUAGCCCCAUUCUGCUUACACUGGGGCGUGAGCUGACCUCUGUAGGCUUUUUGUACAAGGAAGACAAUAAAGGUCUCGUCAUCUUCAACCAGAAAUUGCUUGUUUGAAUUAAUUUUUCAGAUGUCAAUAAGAAGUACAAAAUUUCUGACGCUAUCACCUUUCAAUGGAAACUGGAAACAUAGCUAAUGUGUUAGAUGUUCAUUAUCAUCAAGGAAUUUAGUAAGGUCAAAUUCCCGAGACUGCACCAACCAUUCCUGGAAUAUUUCCGAACAUGUUGACUUUGGCACCUGGACAGCUGGGGAGCUCUCCCUGUUAUGCCAGUUUCUCUCUCUCUCUCUCUCAAUCUUUGUGUUUUUGGGUUACAACUACAAAUUGGAGUAUUCUGCAAUUUUUUAAGUCCACGGCCUGAUGGUGAACCUACACCUAGAGUACGUUGGAAAGAUAUUGAAGGUUCUACUAAUUAAGCUCAGCAAAAAUUGAAUGGAAGAAAAUUUGGUGGAAAUGAAGUGGUUCCAGUGUUCUCUCAGGGGGAGUAUGAUGGCUAGUAUUAUCAACUUCGCCUACUACACACUUUCUCUUUCAGCUGCCUCCUACGAGGGCUCAUAUAUAGUUGGAUUAUUAAGUUUGUUUGGCAUGUUGAGUAGAAGUGCAGAAGAAUCUAAUCUUGUUUGAAAGUGUUAGAUUGUUGUAAUGUUGGAUUUUUCUGUGUAAAAUUGUAGGCAUGCCAACUUCUUAAUUACCUAGUACGUAAUAAUUAGAAUAUUUGUUGUGGAUUAGAAAUUGGUGAUGAUGGCUUGUGUGCUAAAUAAGUCAUAACAACUGACCCUUUUGGCCAAGAUGAAAUGAAAUAUUGUUGGUAUUUGGUAGUUUA